UCUGAAUCGCGCAUGUAUAAAUCCGACUGUGUGUGGUGUGUCCUGACGCUCCCAUGCCAGAGUUAUCUAAUGUUUAAAAUGUGGGAGAUGGUGGCGUUACCGAGAGCGAGCUCUCCCUUCCUGUCGUCUAGGACAAGAUGGCAGCAAUGCAGGCGAACUGUGCAUGGUAUGGAUUUAUGAGUCCAUAACAUGUUCAGAGAAGCCCUGGAUCAUACUUAUAGUGACUCUCUGUGAAGGUAUGGCCUCACAAGUCUUGGUCUACCCACCACACGUUUAUCAAAACCAGACAAGUGCCUUUAGCAGUGUGAAGAAACUCAAAGUUGAGCCCAGCAGCUGUGUGUACCAUGAGAGGGCACAGCCGCAGACUUAUCUGAACAACAGAACCCUUGGCAUCGUGCACCCAACUAAACAAGCCCACUCAUUUGUGAACCGCGACUUGGCGGUGGGCCUGAGAGUACGCGCAGGCCAGGAGUACCCCGUGCAGACUGUGGUGGUGCGCGGCGUUCAAAGACAGCAGCCCGGCAAAAGAGGAGCGGGAGCAGGCCCGCUUGUGGCCCAGCAGCGACAGGAGGCAGGGGCCGUCCGCUCACAGGGCAAGGAGAAGCAGCAUCAGACGGACACAGCAAGUGGGAGCAGCAGUGGAGCAACAGGAGCAGGGGGAGGGGGACGGGGAGAGGGCUGCAGUGAAGGAGUCGAGGGGGGGGGAGAGGCGGAGGAGGGCACCAGAGAAGAGACCUGUGAAGGUUUGAACUCACCCGACAGCUCCCAGCGAUGUGGGCUGAAACGUAAAAGCGAAGAGCUGGAUAACCGAGGGAGCACCAUGCAGAUUGUGGAGGAACUCUCAAUGUUGCCCGCCAUGUUGCAAACGACGAAUGUGGGGAACGCAGCCGUGACGGCGCCGGCGGCUGUAGGGGCCGCGGGGGGCCCCUCCAAACAGGGCGGAGGAGUGGGCGCGGCAGGAGGGGACGGGGACUAUCAGGUAGUGCAGCACGAAGUCCUGUGUUCCCUGAAGAACACUUACGAAGUGCUGGAUUUCUUGGGACGCGGCACGUUCGGCCAGGUGGUGAAGUGCUGGAAGAGGGGCACGGGUGAGGUGGUGGCGGUGAAGAUCCUGAAGAAUCACCCUUCGUACGCGCGGCAGGGGCAGAUCGAGGUCGGCAUCCUCGCUCGCCUGAGCGGGGAGAACGCGGACGAGCACAACCUGGUGCGAGCCUUCGAGUGCUUCCAGCACCGCAGCCACACCUGCCUGGUGUUCGAGAUGCUCGAGCAGAACCUGUACGACUUCCUCAAGCAGAACAAGUUCAGCCCGCUCCCCCUGAAGGUGAUCAGACCCGUGCUGCAGCAGGUAGCCACAGCGCUGAAGAAGUUGAAGAGCAUGGGUCUGAUUCACGCAGACCUCAAGCCAGAGAACAUAAUGCUGGUGGACCCGGUGCGGCAGCCCUACAGAGUGAAGGUGAUAGACUUUGGCUCAGCCAGUCACGUGUCCAAAGCAGUGUGUUCCACGUACCUCCAGUCUCGGUACUACAGGGCUCCAGAGAUUAUUCUGGGAUUGCCGUUUUGUGAAGCCAUAGACAUGUGGUCUCUCGGCUGCGUGAUAGCAGAACUGUUUCUGGGUUGGCCUCUGUACCCCGGGGCACUGGAGUACGACCAGAUUCGCUACAUUUCCCAGACGCAAGGUUUGCCAGGAGAGCAUUUACUCAAUGUGGGCACAAAGACGGCAAGAUUCUUUUGCAAAGAGACUGACUCGCCUUAUGCAGCAUGGAGACUAAAGUCGACAGAUGAGCAUGAGACGGAGACGGGAAUGAAAUCAAAGGAAGCAAGGAAGUACAUCUUCAGCUGUUUGGAUGACAUAGCGCACGUGAACUUAAUGAUGAAUCUAGAAGGUAGUGACUUGCUAGCGGAGAAGGCGGACCGCCGGGAGUUUGUGAGCCUGCUGAAGAAGAUGUUGCUGAUUGACGCAGAAGAGAGAAUUGCCCCUGCUGAAGCUCUCAUCCACUCCUUUGUGACCAUGCAACACCUGCUCGACUUUCCUCACAGCAACCACGUGAAGUCAUGUUUCCACAUCAUGGAUGUUUGCUGGACUCGUCCUGGUACUUAUGAGGCCUCCAAUCGAAACAAAGGUCCUUUCGUUAGACCUGUAACUACAACCGCUACUGCCUCAGCCAACCACCCCUUCAGCAAGAUUCCUGCUGUCCAUGCUCAGGGGUUAGCCCCAUCUGCACCCUCCGUAAUGCACCCUGGGAUACCACUGCAGACAGGAAGUGGUCAGUUUGGAUGCAAUGAGUCAUUUCAGCAGGCUCUCAUUCUGUGUCCCCCAACCAUUCAAGGUAUCCCUACCAACUCAGCUAAACCAGCUGGCUACUCUGUUCGCAUGGAGGCUUCUGUACCUCUGGUCACCCAGGCACCCUCUAUUCAGCCCAUACAAAUUAGACCUGGAGUCAUCACACAGGCCUGGUCCAGCCGUGCACAGCAGAUCUUGAUGCCCACUUGGCAACAGGUCACAUCUGUGCCUGCACCACCAACCACUCUGUCAUCUGACACUGUGACCGGCUCGCAGAGAUUGGGUGACUGGGGGAAAGUGCGUGCCCAUGGUAACCAUUACACCUCCAUGAUCGCACACCCUCAGCCAUUCUUAACCAACCAAAUGACCAUGUCCACCCACCAGCCAAUCAACAUAGGCAUUGCACAUGUGGUGUGGCCGCAGCCAGCUGCCAACAAGAGAACAAAGCCUUGUGUGAACAGGGGCAGCAACAUCUCCCAAAACACAAACAUCCAAAAUAUAACAUGUCAGUCCCCAAAGAUGGCCGAUACAGCAAAGAAUGUGGAAGAGGUAGAGGAGGAGGCAGCCAGAUGUCCAGAGGAAGGACGCUCUGUGAGAGAGGAGCAGGCGGCAGUGCAGGUGGAGGAGGAUGACGAGAACUGCUGCAAAGUGGAGCCAGACUGCGAGGGGCUCUCAGUCUCACAGGAGCAGCGGCAGGACAUGAUAAUCUCUGACCUGGCCAGCCCGACUGUUAGCGUCAUCAGUAUCAGCAGCGAUGAGGAGGAGAAUGGACAAAGGCACGAGUGUAAGGGCAGUGCAGAUUGUGAGGCAUGCCAGAGCACCGUCAGUAUGGAGAGAGUCUGCUCUCUCAGCAGCCCAGACAGCACACUGAGCACCAGCUCCUCAGCCUCAGCCCAGUCCAGCGCCUCACCCUGCAAACACCCCAACAGCAGCAUGUCGGAUGACGAGCAGGAGAGUGGCUGUGACACGGUGGACAGCUCGCCUGCCUCGCACGCCUCCGGCCACAGCAGCAGCCCCUUCGCAGAGCGCCACUACAUCGCUGACAGCAACCAGAACUGUGAGCCCCGUGUCGCGUGCGUCGCCCCGGAGACCGAGCCCAGCAAGCCAACCGUGCGCACCGUCGUGGUGCCGCCGAUGAGGGUGCAGAACAACAACAAUAACCCUGUUGUCAAUGGAACACAUGGACACUCAGAGUCACUGUGCCAGUCCAAAGGGCGAGGCAUUCCUGGGCGACAGCAUCACCACUCCACUCCGCUCCUCAACAGGCCACAGAAAAUCCCCCCUGCAUUCCAGCCCCAGCAGCAGCCUAUUGGCUUUGGGCAGGUGCAGCAUUUUGGUUCCCACCACCAGGAAUGGAACAGCAACUUUGCCCACCGGCGGCCGCAGGCCUACAUCCCCCCCACCUUGCACGGGCACACGUUCACCCUCUCCCACAGCAGCCCCAACCACACAGCGGGCCCCCACCCCCACCUCGGAGGCCACCCGCACACCCAGCCCGCCUUACUGUCCUACCCCCCGUCUGGGCCCCUGGUUACAGGGGCCCCUGUGGCCCACCUCCUGGCCUCCCCUGGCGCCUCCCGCCCCGUCCUCCAGCCCACCUACAGCAUCUCCCACCCGGCAGGCAUCGUGCAUCAGGUGGCUGUGGGCAUCAACCCCCGGCUGCUGCCCUCGCCCACCUUGCACCCCCAGGGCCAAUUCAAACCCCUCUUUCCCCCGCACUCCUACAUUGCUUCGCCCGCUUACGGCAGUUUCCCUCUCAGCCCUACCAAAAUAAACCAGUACCCGUAUAUCUGAGCGUGGCUGCUUUGGUACCCUUCAUACCACCCGAGGGCUAAGCGGGCAGGGCGAAAUCUUUAAUACACAAACAACAUGGCUUUCAUUUCUGAAAACCAUGGCACAACCACAGAGAAAGCAAGCUAUUUUUUGAAUCAUGUAGACUUGGGUGUAAUUGAACUUCAAGCUUUAAAAAGAAAAAAAGAAGAGUUAAGAUGGUGGAGAAGAUUAGGCAAAAAUUUAGAAGGAAAUAAUGUAUGAAUGAUUGAAUGAAAGAAUGAAUGAGUAGUAAAAUUCACACUUAAUGUGUUUUGCACAUUUGAUAUAUCUUUGCAUUGGAUCUUCUACGAAUACUCCUCAAGACAGGUAAAUAAUUGGGGUGUUGUUGAAUAGUUAGACUUUGCACCCCCUGAUCCCAGCUAUUUUUCUAUAUUGCCUUCUUACAUGUGCAAGACACAUUCAUAUUUGUAAAGCCAUCCCAGUCUCUAGCUCUAGGUUGACAGAUGCACAUGUUGUCCACAAUGUACGUUGUACUGCGUUUGAAGUAUUUGUACCUUUUCGGUGUCCUUUGGUGUUAGCAAUGUCAAGUCAAUUAAUCCGAUUUAAAUAGGGUUGUUCCUCACGCUGCAUGUGGUCUUGCAUGAGCAAAAAUGUAAACGGAAAGAUGCAUAGACGUUGCUCUUAUUGUUUGUGUCACGAGACUCGCUGCAUUGUAUAACUGUCCCCAGCCAUAGUGCCUUACAUAUUUGAGGUUGUUAAUGUUACUACUUAUAUAUGACUAUAUACAUGAAUAUUAAUGUACUGGACUGCAGCACUUGAAAUUCCAAUCAGUCGAUGCAUCCUAUGUGUGAGUAUAUAUAUGCACAUGUGUAUAUGUCCAUGCAUAGCCUGCAUGGAUGUGAUAUAUCGCGGAUAGCGGUGCUUACUUUUUGGAGUUGGUGUAUUUCAGUGUGUAGUGAGUUACUUCUCUGUUCUCUCAAGAAGAACAGCAUGCUUUGCUGUUGCGAAUGCCUGCUGUUUCCUUAAAAAAAAAAGUUUUGUUUUCUUUUUUCACUCUCUCAGUUCCUGAGUGAACUAGUGUACAAAGUGCAAGUACUGAGUAUUGCUUAAUAUUUGAUAAUCACUUUCUAUUUAGUGAAACCCUUACUACUAACAGUAUUUGUACUGUUUGAACCUGCAAUACAAUCUAAAUAGUCGUCGAUUAUGUUUUAUUUGUUUUUCCGUUUGUUUUUUGCGUGUUUUUUUUUUUCUUUUUCUUUUUUGUCCUCGUAUUUUCACUUUGGUUUUAGAUGUUUAGAAGUGUGGUAGGCAUGGCUUUGGUUAGGUAAGGAAAAAAUGCAAAUUAAUUCACGGUAUGGAAUCUUCUAAGCCUGAACAAACCAUGCAGUAUUUGAUAUACACACAUAUAUGGACGUAUAUUAUAGAGCUAGAAUAUUUAGUAAAGAUGCUUGAUAAGGUGUGAGUUAACUGUGUGCAAUUCUCUCAUUUAUGCAUGUGUGACAUAGUUAACUUUUCCCUUUACAUUAAUACCAUUUGUUAAAGGCUUAUCGGUGUCAGUUGCUUAUUUUCUACAUUCCGUCAGGGAGGAUAUGUGAUACUCACGCGGGUGUGUGAGUACUUUUUUUUAUAUAUAUAGAUAUGUCUAGAUAUCUAUACAUAUAAAUAUAUGAUUUGUUUCAGUCAUUUUAAUUUUAUUACUUGCUUUUUCCCCCUGUUUUUUGAGUCUUCUAUUUUCCAAUGAAGUCGCUUGUCCAGCACCAAAGACUGUAAUUCAUUUCUUUGAGCUAGGUAGCUAUUCUGUUUGUAUCGACCUCAGUUAUACUGUAGUUGUAGAAUGGGGUUAGACUUUUAAAACAAACAACAUUAAAAAAAAAAGUUAUAUUUGGGGGGAAAAAAAGAAAAAAAAACAGCUGGUGUUUUGUCUAGCUUAUUGGGCAAUUAACGAGUCGUAUCAUUUCUUUCUUGAAUGUAUCAUAGAUAAGCUGCUAUAUGAUGAUUGCCACUUCAAUAGCUGUGAAAUUAGGUGAUUUUUCUCUCUGAGUUUAAACCUAGCGUUUUGUAUAGGUCCCUAAUUAUCUGAAAUAGAAGUGGUUUUGAUUUUUGUGUUUUGCGUUCAUAUGUGGAGUGUCACUGUAACUACUGUAUUGCUGAUGAUGAACAUUAGUUGCAUUUGUUGUUUCUCGGGGUGCGUGUUUUUUGCAUCAGUAUUUUAUCCUUAUUAACCUUUUGGGCUCAUCACUGCAUAUAAAUGAUGUAUCGAUGUGAGUUAAUUUUUGUAUGUUUUCAUAUUGAUGUUUUGUAUACAUCUGGAGCUGUAGCUUGCAGGAUUGAUUUAACUUUCUCAUAACUUUCUCAUCGUGCGUAUACCGUGUACUACCAGUACUCUUUUUGUGAGGUACAGGAGCACUGUGAGUUGCCAGAAAAAGAGAAAAAAAUCAUUCUGUCCCUUGGAAAGCAUCUGUAACGUUUCCACCAGUCUCUCUCUCUCUCUGACACACACACACACACACACACACAUUUGCCACUUAGCACUUACACAGGUAGCGAGGCUCUGAAGCGUUUGGAUGAUUAGACUGUGCAGUACAGAAAUUUAGCCCAAUUUUUCGGUUCUAAAACAGCAUUUCAUAAUUUGUUCUUCUGUCAAAAUGAUUUGAAGUAUUUCUUGCAACCUUUUUAUCUGUUCAAUGUUAUGAAUGGUUGGAAUAUCAGUUUAAAAGUUGGGUAUUCUAAACUGCCUUGUGUUCGGAUCGCUCUCCCCUUUACGAGUGUCUCACAUGAAAAUGAUGCUUUGUCAGUGCAGAGGAAUGGCCGUCGUCAUGUGUCCUUUAUUGAAAUGGAGACAGUGUAAGCAGCACUGUGUAUGUGCCUUGAGUUUCGAAAAAGUGGGAAUUCACAUUGUAGGCGGAAAAUCCGAGUCUGUGACCACAUAGGCGGUGUUUUUUGACGAACACUCGAUGGAGGAGGAAGGAAAAAUUCAAAAUCAGACUUUGUCGCAGUUCCAGAGAAUUUGACUAGUGAUCAGCCUGUGGUGGAGCUUCCUGUUUUAAAGGGCCACCGCCAAAGCCUCUCUGUAAUUACACGCCAAUAAAACAGACACCUAGACUUUGAAUGAUAGGACACACCAUGAACUUUGAUAGUCACUCUGGCUGAACAGCAGAUGCAAUACUUUACAUUGUGCGGUCAUUGUACCACCAAGUGUUCUUAGAUAAUCUCCAUGUUUUACAUACGCUUGCAUGUACACAUGACAUCACUCCACUGUGUCUUUUACCGUGCAAGUUAGGACUGAGGACACAGGCCCGUUAACACCCGAGCAGCCACGUUUCAACUCCAAGAAUAGUCCGUCUGGAAGUCCAUUCUGUCCUCUGGAUGAAAAAAUGCUCCCUUCAGGAGAUUGUUUAGGUUUCUCUGUCAGUCACUAGUGCGUUGCUCCACGCUACGACACAGAUGCUGAAAUGGCUAUGUGUUCUUCAGAGCCUUUUCUUUGCGAGCUGUGCGCUAUACCGAUCAUAUUCAAACGCCACAAUGGUAAAGAAAGCUUUUGGUGACGAGGCAUGAACUUGGCAGAUUAGUGCUUGAAGUAGUUGCCCAAUAAUCCGCAUGUGAAAUGUAAUCUGUGUUUUGACUCCCACAAAGGUAUUCACCAGCAAUGCGCCUGUGUUAACUCUCCCGUACCUGUUAAGAAAAACAAAAAGAAUGGAUGCAAAAGGAGAGAAAUGUUCGGAACUGUUUUAUCAUUUUCCACCUGAUUGACACCUCUGUUUCUGGAUAACCUGUUUUAAAGAAUUCAUGUAACAUUUAACAGAUAAAAGAUUCGUUUGUAAAAAUGAGAGCUCUUGAAGUCUUGACUUUGAAAUGGAACUCCUCUGCUGCGGUAUUAUCCUUUAGAGCUCUUAAUUCAGGGUCUGUAUUGUUCUAAAUGUGCUACUCCGUAAUUCUGGGUUUGGGUUGAAUUGGGUUUGUUUUUACUCAAGAUGUUUCAGUCUCCUGCUCAUCUCGAUCAAUUUCCGAGUUAAUUCACACUGCAAGUUAUGGAAUCGACCGUUUAGAUUGCUCAUCAAUUAGACUUGAUUAUGAAAUCUGAACUGUUACUGUUUUAAUAACUGUAGAUUUUUUUGUGGCUUUAUUUCUGUUUUGUUUUUUUCCAUUAGCUUUUUUGUUUUUAUUAUUAUUUCGUGCUACACUAGUUUGCCAUGUAGCAAUUGCACUGUGCAAUAUUUACAGUAUGAGGACUGGGAAAAACUAACUCUAUGGAUGUGAUGUCUCUACAGUUUGCGAUAGUGUUUCCUCUCUAGUUCUCAGUGAUUUAGGUGUGACCAAGCCUUCUCUACUUUGUCACAUUAAGCGGGUUUUCCAGGUGACUCUUUUGGUGAGUGUCAAAUUAAGACUUUAUGGUGUAUUAUUGUUAAGAUUCACUUUGAAUUAAAAAAAAUCUAUUGAUGCA